AUGUCAAGGCUUCCGCUUAAGUCUGCUACCGCCAUGAAGGGGUCCAAAGGCCCUUUUCAGCCUGACGAUUCUGACGCUCUGACUCUCUCGGCGAAGCUCGCAGCUAUUCGCAUUGAGGAAGCUGCGAAUGAAUGCAAGAAGGGUAAGGAGAAAGUCAUUUUCAAAGAUGCUGUUACUGACGCUCCAGAAGGCGAAGAUGUGACUCAUGGGGACGACGGUGACGACGCGCAUGAUGCUGCUGAUGAUGGCUCGGGUCCAUCGGGGGGUUCUCACCUGCUCAACGAUGAGGAUGAUGGGCUUAUUGCUUAUGACUCUGACGAGGAGGUCGAGGAAGCGUCAAAAGGAGAGAUCGCGUCACGCUCCCGUUAUCCGAUCACGCUGCUGAUCCCUGAAGAGUUUCUGCCGGAAGUUCCUCGCACACAGGCAACGAUUAAGGGAUUGGUGGGAAUUUGGAAGGAUGAGCUGUCAGAUGAGGCACAGGUCACCACGACAUAUCAGCAGCUGACGUCUGGUUUCCUGUACAAGAAGUAUUAUGGUCGCAUGCAAGCUACUUUUGAUAAGGCAUCUGAUGCUAACUUUGUGUGGCGUAAUCAGGUUGAGCAUAAGUGCAAGAAUGGUACUUACGUUAUUUUUGACUGGCAAUACCCGGAAGAUCCCGCUUUCGCCAGGCAGAAGGCGACGAACCCGGCGGUGAUUGAGUUAUACUUCAAGGAGGUCCCUGCCGAGAUUUCACCUGUGAUGCUGCACGGGAUGCUGAUGGCUCCGCUCAAGAAGAAAAAGAAGUCGGUGUUUAAGGAGGGUUUGUGUUUCCAUCGUGCGGUCAACUCGGUAACCGGCCUGGACACGGAUCGGCUUACGUCUUUUCCCGAGUACUCACAUCGUUGCUCCGCAGCUGCUGCGACCACUGCAUCAGAUACGACCAAGAUCAUUCUCAAGGACCCGUCCCUGGUGCUGAUUUCCACCAGCGGCAAUCGGGAGGAGUGGGUUUGUCUUCAGGACAGCUGCGAGAAAGCUCAUGGUUCGUCGUUCAAGCAGGCUGCACAUCAUGCGCUGUCCCAGCGGCACCGCCAUGGGGCCCCGAAGGGGGGGGAGUCGCUCCGGUUGCUGAAGGGGAAGAUCAACCUCAAGCACCUGAAGAAGGACUAUGGGGUGUAG